AUGAGCGCGCUAUACACCCACCUCGUCUUGCUGCUCGCGCUCCUAGCUACCUUCGUUAUAGGCGACACCCCAGAACCGCCGCACGUCACCAUCUCCGUCGAGUACUACAAAUGCGGCGAAGCCUACAGCCGUCAAGACCCCGGCCAGAUCGUCCCCAUGUACGGCAGCUUCUCCCCACAAUACAACUGCGGCAAAUUGCAAUUCGCCAUCGGCAACAUGCCUGUAACCCACUUCAAGACGACUAGUUGGAACUGUAUUUGCAGCGUGUACAA